UGAAAGGAAAGAAAGUGAAAGUUUAGAGAAUACACCCCGCCUGCCGUGACUUCCAAAAGCAGGAUUUUUAGCUCUGUCGGACACGGGCACGGCCGCAGAAACAUCAAUUUUGAGUUUUUGGAGAUGAUUGUGUUCUCUUAGCCUUAAGGAUGGAAGAGUUUGACAAGGAACUUGCAAAGUUUUCAUCGUUGGAACGCAAAAGCAAAACAGACAAGAGACUGAUCAGACUUUUGUUAUCAAAAUGCUCAAAGGGGGCCCGCACUUGGUAUUUGAGCCGUUUUUAGGCAGUUACUAAUUUUAGCUAGACUCGAAGGUUUUCUAUCUUUAUUGGACUCAUAACAUGGACGAAAGCGGUUUGAUCUUCAUUGCCACCGAAGUCUGGUGUCUACCUACGGAUGUAUGAUACAUGCAUUCCCAGCACUCUAAACAUCACCCAUAUAGAAAUUUCAUCUAGUAUAAUCGCUAACACUGAUAAUUCAAAUUCUAAACUUAAUUAUAGUCCACGCGGGCUAUUGAAAAUUCGAUGAAAUUCUUGUGGUCAUUACCAAGCAACUUAAACGCGGACACAGAAAGGGAUCAUCGUAAAUAAGAACUACAAUUCGUCGGCAUCGGACAUCAUCAAGUAAUCAGGCAAAAUGUUUUUCGCGAAUCCGUUGGGUAAUCAGAUCACGGCCACGAGCCUCAUGAAUGGGAGCGAGGCAGCAGGUGGCUCCGGUCCUUCGCCAUUUUUAAGGCAACUACGUAACAAGCGAGCAUCCUCUGCGUCAUGAUCUUUGAUGGCUAGUAUUUUCCUAAUAUGGGGAAAGUGCGGAAAUAUCAUGCUGUGAGGGAUGCGAGCGCGCUAGCUCUAACAUUCGGACAACCGCUUGGUUCACCAACUGAAGCUGCCCGAAUGUCUCAGGCGGGAGCUCCAAGCACACGGCUGAAGCAGUACGUCCUGCCCGUGACACUCAAGUCAAUCGUCACGGGAGAGAAAAGUACUUGUUAUUGUUAAAGAAUACUUCAAGUAAACGAAGAACGUCGUGUCGUGAAGGAGGAAUCUCUAAUUAUUCGUUUUGUGCUGCCUCCGAGAGGUAAUUCUCCAAUCACCAUUUGCCGACUUGAAGAAUACACUUUUUGAUAAUUUAUGAGAAGUUCCAAGUUUCUGUUUCACUUUCAGUUUAAUGAACACUCCUCUCAUCAUGACAUUCGCAGCUCCGGAGGGUUUCAAAAUUUUUGGUGUGAAAGCGGCAAUGGUGACAUUCGUGGCGCAGAUUGUGAAAGUCGAAAAGAAGGAGCUCCAAUAUACAUUUACGUUUGACGAUACGACGGCAAAACUCGAUGGAAAGCAGUAUUAUCAUGACAUUGAUGACUUAGUCUCGUUGAUAUGCUUUGUCCUUGGCGUUGACUUUCUGGGCCUACAUUUUUUAUACGGGUUGGUGUCCAGCCACGUGAGAUGAUAGUCACAAUAUUGUUCGUUAUCCUCUUCAAAUCUCUCUACGACUGUUUACUCCUCACCUCAGCAUUCUUGACGGGACAGAUGCAGAGGCGAGCCGCGCAAUGCAAAGGAUGGUUGCAGGAAGCUAUGUGAGGAUAAUCGGGCCACCUAAGAAGUCCUCCAAAGACGGUUAUAUAUUUGUGCAAUGCCUACAGCUUCACCCAGUUGAAGAUCCGAAUGAUGUUGCCUUUCACCAAAUCGAGGUGGGACACACCGCAUUGAAGCUCCUGCGAGGUAUUUUUUAGAUGACUGAUAAAUAUUUGCAACCUUUUUAUUCAUUGGCCCUGGUCAGGCAGGAUCCUUCCUGACGGGGAACCCGGAUACAGCGAAGUCGUCAUCACUUCAACCGAGGCAAAAGUUGGCGGGAGGCUGGCCUAAGGUCGUAGGCUUUAGUUGUGGGUCAAUAGUAUGGAACACCCGAGCAAAGCGUGGGGGCAUUGCUUCGCCUGUAGCCGCACCGAGCUGGCACCAUACGCGGAAUCGUGAGAGAAAACCGCGCGCACACUCCGCACCCGCGUGGCUUACUGGGUUGCGCCGCUCGUGACAGAAAGAAGGGAGAGGCCAAACCAGGUGGGCGCACGGCUUGGGAAAGGUGUGGGUACAGGGGCAAGGCAAUUGCAGCACACGCACAGGGCACAACACUAGCCGAGGUGGCAUUAAAUAGACAAACGCGCGCAAACUCUGCCACUUGUCAAGUUCAAAACUUUCCGCGCGGGGGCCCGUGCCGUGGGUCUUGUGCGUUUGGAGAUGUGCCCCGGAGGGUUUUCAGCCAGGAGAAGAACAAACGCAAGGGGGCGCACGUGCUUACGCGCAUAUUCUUUAGCCAAGCAAUGCCGCAGGACUUGGAGGCAACUAACCGGCGCCGGCUGAAGCAGUGAAAAGCAGGGGGCUUCGCGCUUGGUUGCCGCUCUUCUCUUCGCUUAAUUUCCGUGGGGGCGGGCUUGCUGAUUGGGGGCGGUGAAACAAAAACGACGCAACCCAGGACGGGCUGAAGGAGUUGGGCCUGGGGGCUUGACUGCUGUAAUUCCUGGCGACCACUGAGAAGCACCCGCGAAGGACGCCGGGGCCUGGUAGAUUGAUGCCAGACAAACAGGGCAAGAGGACGCCAAACAGAUGAAAGGUCUGGGCUGCCAUUACAGCAACGCCAAGGCCAAGUCGAAGGCCAGCGAGCUAGAGUGCGCGGCUUGGCUUGGGCUGAUGGCGUGGCCGCUCGUCUGGUCUUCUUUGUAUCGCGCUGCCCCCGUCGUCUCUUGGCUUUGACGCUGUGCAGGGCGUCGCGUCUGAAAGAGUCUCCCCGGCCAAGUUCUUCGCCGAUCUUCAAGGGGUUCGAGAAUCGAGGUCGAGAAACAGAGAGUCGACGGACAUCCAGGGCCCUCAUCUUAUGCAAGGCAAGAACAUCGUGGGGGCGUUCUAGCUACCAGGAUUCGCGCCGCACAGCUCCCGCGUUGUUAUCUUUGGGGCCGAUUCGCUUCGUUUAGGCGUGGGUGAGUUCCGUCGUUGCUAGCAUCUUGGCACGGGGGGGCAUCGGCGUGCGUUGGCUUUGGCAGUUCUCUUCCUUGGGGUUUCUGGUCGUUUCUUUCGUCAAGUAUCGCGUUCGUGGGCUUCCUUGGUUGCGUGCUGGGUGUCUCGCUUCUUUGUUUUGCGUUCUCUCUUUGGUGUUUUGUUCGUGUCGCAGGCUUUGCUUUUUCACGAGCGGGCGAUCUGCGUACCUGGAAGCCGCGUGGCCCUCCCCGUGUUUCUUCUUUCUCGCACGUUUAUUCCAGACUUGCGCGUAAGUAAGUUUUUUAUGAGUGCUCCGUCCUUGCUUGCUAGGAGCCGCUUGCUAGUAGUUUGCUCUAGCCUGAUCUUAUUUAUACUCUUUCUCUUCAAGCUCAAACUGAAGCUCAGGACGGGCGACUUUCAGAUCAUCUGAUGGUCGUUACCGGUUUUAUAUUUACUGCUUGUGGUGCAUCAAUCUUCAUCAAGCACCAGGUAGCGUAAGGAGGUUGCCAACACCAUCUCAAGGGAGCCUUUUGCCACCGGUUUCUACGCAAACUGCAGUGACGCUGACGGCUCCCACUGCAGUCCCAGAGCCGUCUGGAGAUGUUACUAUGACAGAUGCAACGGCCCCAACACCCGCAGCCCCAGCGCCAGCCCCAGCGGUCGAAAAGGCUGACCUACUGACGAUGAUAAAAACGUACUUAUUCACUUCUUCCUUAAGGAAUUGAGUGAUGGGAACUGGAAGAUGUGAGCCGUGUUCUUGAUGCAAUCACUUGCCGAAUGUAAUUAUCCUCAAUAUAGCUCGACCUCAUGUUGAUCUUGUUGUUGUAGGGGACGCACCGUCUUCACAACAUUCAACCGAUUUACUCUUUGUCUCCAUUUCAUCCAGGGCUGUCGCUGCGAAGGGAGAGCAAGGUGCGAAGUUUGAGCACGUUGUCGCAGCGAUAGGUGGCGCUUAUAGUAAGGAAGAAAUAGAGAAGCUGUGGAGCUCGCUGAUCGAUGACUGCGAAAUGUUCGAGACAAUUGAUGGCCAUUACGGAUUUUAGUCAUCAUUUUUAAGUACUUUGUACCUAGAAGAACCGGAUGAAGAUGAAGGUGUGAAGCACCUUUUUUGACCAAAACUAUGGUGAUGUUCACAUGGCCCUUUUAUUCCGCACUACCUUGAUGAAUCUUUGUCGGUCGAUGGAUCCUGCGUGGACUGCUCACGCUUUACACGGAGGUUUCACUUUGCGCUAGCGAUUUGCUUUGGUCGUUUGCUGGAACGGAAAUUUCGAACUAGAACAGCUCCCAUCUAAGGAACAGGAGAAUCUGCGUGAG